AUGAUAUUGCAAUUUACUGGCUGUUUGAAGUUACCAAUAUAUCAUAUUAAUUCGGAGCAGAUCAAAAUUUUGAAGACUCCACAAGAUUUCUUUCAUAGUUUAUUGGAUCAUAUAGAGAAUGCAAAUAAACGAAUUAUUUUAUCAACCCUGUACAUUGGAACAGGUCCAUUAGAAAAUGAAUUAGUUACUGCACUAACAAAAGCUGUUCGUGAAAGAAAUGUAAAACUUACUAUUCUAAUGGAUGCAACACGUGGUCUACGUCCUUGUCUGACAACUAAUUAUUAUACUACAAAUGCAAAUAACUUAUCAUCUACUACAAAUCUAUUGGAACUUCCAUCUUCAUAUUCUUCAUGUCAUUUUUUAGCUCCACUAACUACUUUGCCUAAUGUAUCAAUCUUAUUGUAUAGACGUCCAUUUCCAUACAAAUGGAUUCGUUACAUGUUACCAAAUCGUUGGAAUGAAAUAUUCGGUGUACAACAUAUUAAAGCGUAUAUAUUUGAUGAUUCAGUUAUUAUGAGUGGAGCAAAUUUAAGUCAUGAAUAUUUUACAAAUCGACAAGAUCGUAUAUGGAUAUUUAAAAAUUUUCCAAAUUUAGCAAAUUUUUAUUCUGAUUUAAUUCAUAAUGUGAUUAGUAAAUUUUGUUAUUCACUACGUUCAAAUGGUAGUUUAGUAGCUAAUCGAAAGGAUAUACUUUCAGCUAGUUCAUCUUCAUUUCAACAACAAUUUCAUGAUACUUUAUCCAAUUUUCUAAUCAAGAAAUAUCAAGAGAGUAUGAAUGUUUAUAAAUGUAAUCAAAUGAAUAAGCCAUUUGAUACUUAUAUUAUUCCAUUAAUACAAUAUGGUUAUUGUAAUAUUGAAUAUGAGAAAGAAUUUAUGCAAAAUUUAUUUCAAUAUGUAACAUCAGUAUCAUCGUCGUCACCGUCGACGUCGUCGUCGUCGAUAUCUGGUCUAAUUCCUAAUGAAUCUUUUAAGUUAUUUUUAGCAUCAGGUUAUUUUAAUUUAACAAAAUUAUAUGAAAAUUUAUUUUUGAAUAUGUUAAAUUCAACAAGAAAUAUAAAUGUGAAUUUAUUAUGUGCUUCACCAAUGGCGAAUGGAUUUCUAAAAUCAAAAGGUGCUUCCAGUUAUAUACCAUUAGCAUAUAGAGAAGCUCUUAUACAAUUACUUCAAUUAUUUUAUACUACUAAAUUAAAUCAUAGUAAUAUCAAUAUAUAUGAAUAUAUCAGACCAGAUUGGACAUUUCAUGCUAAAGGUUUAUGGAUUGAAAGUGUCGCUGAUGAUAGUAAAAACGGAGAGAAGACUGCUGAUCAUCAUCAUCCUUCAUAUAGUUUAUCUUUAGUUGGUUCAUCAAAUUUCAGUUAUCGUUCUUUGAAUCGUGACUUGGAAAGUCAACUGUGUAUUAUUACAAUGAAUAAACGAUUACGUCAUUGUCUUUAUAAUGAACGAUGUCAUCUUUUCUCUUCUACUUAUUGUUAUCCUAUAACUUUAAAUCAAUUAAUUUAUCAAACUGAAUAUCGUUUACCUGUAUAUAUAAGAUUUAUGCUACCAAUAUUUCGUUGGUAUAUGUAA